AUGGAAUCCAAGGCCACCCAGAGUUCAUCAGUUGCUUCUUCUACGACGUCGUUUGGGAGCUCGAAGAAGAUGGUGUGGGUUUGGACGGAGAGCAAGCAGGUCAUGACGGCCGCCGUGGAGAGAGGCUGGAACACCUUCCUGUUUCAGAGUCAGAAACUCACCGAUGUCUGGUCUUCGAUUGCGUUGAUAGAUCCUCUUUUGAUCAAAGAGAGAGGGAUUUUCGAUAGCAAGAACACGAGAGUUGCCACAGUUGUUGAGGUUUCCAAUCCCAAAGUGUUGGAAGAGCUUCAACCCAAAAACGGGGUGGCUGAGAAUGUUGUUGUUGAUUUGCUGGAUUGGCAGGCAGGUGAGCUUAUGAAAUUUGAGUACCAAAAGAAGGUCGCCUCGCUGAGCAAGCUAAAGAAAUGUAGUACUAACUCAGAAGCAUUGGAGAAAUCAAGAGCAGCAGUGAGUCAUCUGCAUAUAAGAUACAUAGUUGACAUGCAAUCCAUGGACCCAACAGUAUCAAAGAUAAACUCUUUUACUUUCAGCCUGUUGCAGGGUUUGGGAAUAUCUAGUGAAAUGUUGCCUAAAGAGUCACUAAGUGAUCAAGCAUGGAAUACCAAGCAAUGA